UCAAUGUCAUAAAACGUUGUCCCUCCCUCUUCUGCGUCAUACAUUAUUGAAAGUACUGUAUACCCCAGUAGAUUUAUGCCUAAGGCAGGCACAUGCCAGAAUCUGGGGAGAGCACCGAGCACCUUACGCAAUGCGGGAAAGCCCGGGAGCUAAAGUUUUCCCUCAGUCCGUUUUUCUUUUACCUGCCUCUUGGCUGUUGGUCACUUCUAACAAUUUAAGAAUUCCAGAAUACCAUCUACCGCCUUCGUGGGUUACAGGAAUUCUUUUGGGUCCGCUUCUCUGUCUUGGAGGGCUUGGUGUGUGGUGGCUUUUUGCUGAAUAUAAGUGGGUGGUGCUGUCCGUUUUUGUGCGCCUUUGGAGCUCUCGUCUUUGUCAGCCCACUAUUUUUUUUCGAGUCUCGAGAGUGGGCUGUUGGAGCGCUCCUCCUCCAAGGUUCUCAGGCUGACGAUCAAACCAGCGCUAUUGACAAGGAGAUAUCGAAGUUAGUUGGUCUCAGGAAGGCUCCUUAUACAGACAAUAUGCUGCUCUCUC